CAUUAGCGCGCGUGGUUUUGUUUUUGGGCCCCGCAUAGAAUUACGGGCCGAGUGGACGCGGUUGAGGACACUGGCGCCGACGGAAGGUGGUAGCUGUGGGAACGGAAAGCGGCCGUGUUCGCCGUCUGCAGUGGCGUGAGAAUCUUCGCAUUUCGAGGAAGUGUGAAAGGGUGAAGCAAGGUAUUCGGUGAUUAAGAAGCGUGGGUUAUCAACAGAGAAGUUUUGGAUAAUGUUUACCGUGAAUGAAAUUUACGUAGUGCGUAUGUCCAUGCUAUGUGUUUUUGGCAGAUGAUUGUGGAUAAGUGCCAGUGAUCUAAGUUAAAUUAGUGAAAAAAGGACAAGUAAUACUACCAGCAAUGGAUACCAUAAAAAUAGAGCAAUUGAAGACUGAGCUGCGAACCUGUACGGCAUGCGGGGAACCGAUAGCUGAUAAGUACCUCUUCGACGUUGAUGGAUGCUCGUGGCACGGUUCCUGCCUCCGGUGUUCCGUCUGUCUGACACUGUUGGAACGACAACCAUCUUGUUACUUUCGCGAUCGACAAGUUUACUGUCGAUCGGAUUAUGCUAAAACCUUCGGCGCCAAGUGUUCCAAAUGCUCCCGCACGAUUGCCCCCUCGGACUGGGUCCGGAAAGCUCGUGAUCUAGUGUUCCACCUGGCGUGCUUUUCGUGCGACACCUGCGGUCGACAGCUUUCCACCGGGGAGCAGUUUGCCCUGAUCGACGAUAAAGUCAUGUGUAAAAUCCACUACAUGGACAACGCGGACGAAUCGAAUUCCAGCGACGAUGGUUGCAGCACCGAUGGGUUCAAUAAAAACAAAUCGAAACGGGUGCGUACGACGUUCACCGAGGAGCAGCUUCACAUACUGCAGGCCAAUUUCCAAAUCGACAGCAACCCGGACGGGCAGGACCUGGAGAGGAUAGCGCAGCUAACGGGACUGAGCAAGAGGGUCACCCAGGUGUGGUUCCAAAACUCCCGGGCACGGCAGAAAAAGCACACACACGUUCCUCGAGAUCACGGUGCGGGAAUGUUCAGCGCACUGCGGCAGGAUCUCAACAACAAUAGCAACACGAGCCUCAGUGAUAACGAUAGUAGCAUGGGAAAGCCCUCGUCGAUGUUCAAUCAGCAUGUAAAUCUUAUAAACCUGAUGGUGUAACAUAUGGGAAUGUAAUCGCUGUUGCACUUGCCGUCGACUCCACCACUUAAAACGGUUGGAGAGAGCUGUCCAAUGGAUGAUUGCCUCGUUGAGCUGAACGGAGUGAAGCCGAACCACAUGUACUAGAUUGUAAACAUGCAAUCCUAUAAUCUUUCGAGCAGACUGACUGGUGCAGGAUGUGUGUUACGAUCGUGCUUCAGAAGUUAAGAUGGAAUAAACCAAAGACAUGGGAAGCGAUGUAAAAGAAUGUUUAGGAAGAAUUUUUAUUGAAUGAAAAUAUUUAUUGCCUGGAAAUUGUAAAAAUGUAGUUGACGUUGAAAUCUCACUCAAUAUUUGUAUAUGACAUAGUUUUGUAAAGUAAACUCACUCUACUUGGUCCUUAUA